AUGACAAAAUUUUAUGCAUUGAGUGAUUGGCACAUUCCUGGUCACACUAUGGAUCAAUAUGGACCAGAAUGGAUUGAUCACCAUGAAAAGUUACGUGUUAAUAUAUGUAAAAAACUCAAAAAAGAAGACAUUUUAUUAGCUCCAGGUGAUUUAAUUAACGCAAACAAUCCAGAUAUUGCACAACCAAGCUUCGAAUUUAUUGAAAAACUAACAUGUAGAGUGAUUUUAUGUCAAGGCAAUCAUGAUCAAUGGGCAGAUAGAAAUCCAGAAGAUUACGAGACACUUUUACCACCAAACAUGCAAGUUCUUAGAGGAACAGCUAUUACUAUUGGAAAUGUUGCAAUAUCCGGAGCAAUGUUUUGGUGUUUUAAUUGCGCUUUUCCUUGGGAAGGUCAUGUUGGUAUUAUGAGACGCCUUGGAAAGCACCAAAACCAAGAGCUCGAAAUCUUGAGGAAAGCACUUGCAGCUUUAACUUCAUACGAUGAUUCUUACAAGAAAAUACUUAUGCUUCAUUUCCCACCAAUUUCUGAUAAAGGAGAACCUAAUAUCUUUACUUCAAUGAUUGAAGCAGCUCAUGUUGAUAUAUGUAUUUACGGACACGUUCAUGGACAGAAAGAAUACAUUCCAGGCUGUGACACAAAGAUAGGAAAUACAAGAUAUAUGCUUGUAUCCGCCGAUUACAGGAAUUUUGACCCUAUUGAGAUUAAUUUUGAUCAGCCGGUCUGA